AUGGAUCCACUAGACGACGCGGCCAUUGAUGCUCUCAUCCGCGCCGAGGACGCACGACUGCGGCAAUUCAAAUUAUUUCACGCAUCACGCGAGGCGCGGCUGCGGGAGUACGGCGGCCAAUCGCCCCCACCGCCGCCGCCCACACCGCCAGCGCCCAACCGCCCAGCACUCCGCGGUGGCCCGAUGGAAACUCUCACUCCCGACGUGGAAGAGGCUCUCAUGCGGGAGUACACAACUCGGUAUAGGCCCAAUAAGAUGAGUCAGGAGGAGGAAAUAAGUAGACGGCACAGCACUCCACCACCGCCGGGUUACUGUGGGCCGAUGUUAACACUUACAACAAGUGGACCAUACACACGGUAUGAAGUGCUGGCCGUACGUCCACCGCCACGGCCACACUAUGAUGAAAGUGGGCAGAAAAGAAAGUCUCGUAGUUCUCACUAUCCACGUCCAGUUCCACCUGUCUCUCAAGAAGAAGAAAAGGAGAAGAAACCCCAACCGGGUGAGUCACUACGACGAUGGAAAUAUAAUAUGGGAUUAACGGAUGAGUGA